AUGGAAAAUAAUGAGCAUCAACAAACAAUAAGUAAAAUUCAUUUGCAUAUUUUAAAAGGAAAAAAACAAAUGAGUAAUUCACACACUAUGAAUAGUAGUAAUGUUAGUAACACAAACAGUGACAAAGAACAAGGAGAUAAUAUAAAUAAAAACUGUUCCGAAAUAAAAGAAAAUUGCAAAAUGGAAAAUAAUAUAAAUACCAAUUCUAGUACGAACCAUCAAAAUAAUUUAGUUUCAAACAUAAGUGUUACUUCCAAAAUAACAGAUUUAAAAAAUGAUAAAAUUAACAUUGACAAUGAUAUAAAGUCUAAUACUAAUAUAACCCCAAAUGAUGAAAUAAAAAAUGAAACAAAUCUCGAUAUAAAAUUUUCAGUUUUGUCUGAUCAAAAAUGUUUUAGUGUAAACGAUGUAGAAGAAAAUAAGAAUCCGGAAUUUGAUGGACAUUCUGAUGAUAUACUUUUCGAGACACACAAAUUGAAUGACUUAAGUUCAAAGAAUAGUGAAAAAAACAGCGAAAAAAAUAGUGACAAAAAUAGUGAAGAGAAUAGUGAACAAAACUAUACCCCCAAUUUUAGAUUCCAAAAAGAGGAAAAUAAUAAUGCCACUUUUUUCAACAAUAAUGAUGAUGAUUAUGUUUCUGCAGAAUCAAAUAAUGUAUCGUUAGAUAAAACUGAUAUCGAAAAUGUAAAAUCGUCAAACAUAAAUGAAACAAAAAUUAAUGAACAAAGGGAAUCUUUAAAUCAUUGUGAUUAUACUAUUGAUGAUAAUUACAAAGUACAAAAUAACAAUAUGUGUGAUGAAGAUUCUAGUAGAAUGUUUAAGAAGAGAAAUACUUUAGAUAUGCUCAUAAAUUGUAUGGAUAAAAAACAAAAAAUUGAUAGCACAGUCUUAGAAUCGAACAAUCUUAAAUUGGCUAGCCAAUUGAGUACUGAAGUUAUCAGGGCAGACAAUAGUGAAGAUGAAAAAAAAAACAACCAAAAUGAUGAACAGAAUAAAAUAAGUGAGAAUUACGGUCAAGAUGGUGAUGUAAAAAGCGCAGAUUCGAUUCAGGAAAAUAGUGCAAUAUGUGAUAUAUUAAAAAAUGACGAAGAAAAAGAUGUAAGCACUAAAAAUGAUAUACCUACUUCUAGUCUUGUAAAAGAACCAAGUGCUGAUGAAACCCAAAACAAUAUUAUUGAACAAGACUCAAUAAAUAUAAUCCAAAAUGAUGCAUCUAUUUCAAAUAUAGAACCCAGUACGAAAUGUGUUGCUAAUACUAUGUUGUCAUUUUAUGAUUCCAUAAAUUGGGAAGGAGAAAAUAAAGUAAUAGAUGCUGAACAUGAUAAUAAUAAAUAUAGCAUGAAUUCAGAGGAGAAUCAAAUUUCUGAAAAUCUUAGUGAAUUUGAAAAUAACUGGAAUUUGAAUACACAAUCUACUUUUAAUACAAACACCAUAAACACUAGUAUAAAUAAAAAUGCUAUAAUUAUAUCAAAUAGUGAUGAAGAAAAUAAAAGUAAUAUAGAAGAAGUGAAUAAUGAACAGACUGAACCUGACAAAAUAAACCAAGUACCUAAUAACAUAAACUCUAGCAAUGAUAAAAAAUUUACUUCGCAUUCCGACCAAUCCAACAAUAAUAAUAAUAAAACUGCCAAUCUUAAUAAUGGUACCAAACUAAAUGCAAGUAGUGAUUACACAAUGAAAACAAAAAAUCUGAUAAUAAAUAAUGAAGGGAUGCAAAAUAAUUCCAUUUUAAGAAAAACAAAUCAAGAUAGCACUACCGAAUUGUAUAAAAGUAAUAAUGAUUAUUUAAAGGAUGUUGAUAGAAUGAUAAAUAGUUAUGACAAUGGAAUUAAGGGUGUGUCUAAAAAUAAUAUCAACAUUGAUAAUGAAAUAUCUAUACAAAACUGGAGGAAAGAUACAAUUAAUAGUAAUGAGCGUAGUGAGAGUGAUGAAACAUAUUGUACACAUGAAGUAGAUCAAUUUCACGAUAUAAUUAAUACAAAUUUAAACAUAAAUAAUUCUAACAAAAUUAAUGUUAAUACUGAUAAUUGUAUGUUUAUAAAUAAUCCAAAUUUAUUAAAUUCUGGUGAAAAUAAUAAUAUUAUAAAUAAAGAUAAUAACCAAAAAUAUAUAGAUGUAAAUGAUUCUAAUUUUGAUACUAUAGAUGCUGCUACCAAUUUUGAUAAUUUAAGUGGAAGUGAUAAUAUUAGUGAAAGAGAAGAUGCUGAUAAUGAAAAAAAAUGUUUUAAUAAUAAUAUAAAUCAGGAAAAUGAUAAAUAUAUGCAAUGGUUCGAUACAAUAUAUACUGUUUGUGUAAAGUUAGAUGAACUUUGUUGUAAAUUGAAUAGUAGUUUUCCUCAUUCUAUGAAUAUAUGGAAUAAAAAUGGAAAAGUAAAUAUGUAUCAACUUAAAUCAGUAUUUAAUAUAAAUGAAAAUUGGAAUAAUAUAUAUAAUCAAGAUUGUAAAAAAAAUAAAAAUGAUUUAUUAUUAGAUUCUAAUAUUCAAAAAAAUUACAACAAUCAAACUUGUAGAAAUUAUAAUAAAAAUGGAAUCUUAACUUCGAAUAUGUCAAACGUUUCAAAUGAAAUAAAUGAUAAUCAGAAUAAUAUUAACAAUUGUGUUAAUUACAAUUUAGACAAACAUAAUUAUGUAAAUGGCUAUAAUGCAGACAAUUUUAAUAACAAUUUAGUGCAUCUAGAUAAUGGAUUAAUGUGUAAAAAUAAAAGUAAUAAAAAUGAAAAUGUUAAUAUGAACCCAUCAAAAAAUAAUGGAAUCAUUAAUAAUAAUGUUAAAAUGACACAAAUAUAUGGAAAUGAAAAUAAUAUGAAAAAUAUUCUUUAUUAUCAAAAUAAACAAUAUAAUAUUACCCCCAAUUUAGAUAAUAAUAAAAUUCCAAUUAAUUCUAAUAAUGGAAAUAUGAAUUCCAUUUUGAAUCUUACAUCUAAUAAUAUAUGUAAUAUUAAUAGUAUGGGUUCUAACUUAGUAAAUAAUAUGUAUUCUCUAUAUGGUAACUUACCAAAUUCUGUUAAUAAUAAAAAUAAUAUAAAUCUAAAUAGAUAUAACAAUGAUAUGACUAACUAUAUGAAUAUAAAUAAUAUACAUAAUCUAUAUAGCAAUAAUAAUGGUGCAACUAAUGUAAAUUCCAAAAUGAGUGGAAAAAAAAUUAAAAAUAGUAAAAAAAAUUCAAAUAAUGUAAUAAAUAAAAAUACAGAAAAAAAUAAUAAUAAUAAAAAAAGAAAUUCAGUAAAUAGAAGUAAUAAUAGAAUUAUAAAAGAUGAAAGUGAAUUUGAAUAUUUAUUAGAAUUGCCAGAUAAAGAUGGACCUAAUUUAGAUAAUCCUGAAGAUUUAAAAUGUGAUAUUGCUGGAGUAUAUUGGGAUAAAAGAAGUUGGAUUGCAUCUUGGUAUGAUAAUGGAAAAAGAUAUUAUAAAUCAUUUUCUGCUAAAACUCAUGGAUUCUAUAAAUCGAAAUUUUGGGCAAUUAAAGUACGUCUAUCAAAAGUUAAAGGACAAACAAUCUUUGGAAAACAUAACAGAAAACCAAAAAAUAAUAACCUGAAUAAUGACAAUAUUAAUUCUAUUCCAUAUAAUACAAAUAUCGCUAUAGGAAAUGACUGUGUCGCUAUAGAUCAGGUUUGA